AAUUCCCUAAUUGAGUCAUAAAGUGUGAGAAUUGCAUUAGAAAUUAUUGUAUUAUGUUAUGUUCUUACCAACUAAGGAAUCAAAGAAUUUUUGUUGGGUUUUAGCGUUGUAGAGAAACAAGAAGAACAAAAAAACACCUAUAAGGGUUAAACUGGUCUUUUAGAUUUUAUCAAUCAAAGAAAAAAAAGAUACUUCAUUUGUCUCAAUUUAUGUGACAUUGUUUGAUCAGGCACAAAGUUUAAGAUAUAAGAAGACUUUUGUGACACCUUGGAUAUCCACACAUAAUGGAUCCAAGAAUGUACAUUGCUGCAAGGGAAGGGAGUAUGGAAGAUGGUGAUUUUUCACUUGUUGAUCAUCUGAAAAGGGAGGAAGAAAAUGGUUACCAAGUCACACCAAAGGGAAAUACAAUCCUCCAUGUGGCAGCUCACUUUGGCCAACGAGGUUUCAUGGGAGAAGUCCUUAAGUUUACCCCAGCGUUAUUAUGCUAUAAGAAUAAGAAAAAUGAAACUGCGCUUCACAUUGCAGCUAAUUUAGGACAAAGUGAAGUGGUGAGUGAACUACUUAGCAUAGAAGGAAAGGAGACACUUGUGAGGAUGACGGAUGACAUUGGAGAUAUGGCCUUGCACAAGGCCGUUAGAAGUGGACACAUUGACAUUGUCAGGAUGUUGGUGAAAUUAUUACUAGAUCCUGAACACGACCUCCCAGCCAAUAAGGCAGGGGAGACACCACUUUAUUUGGCAGCAGAGUCUGGCUUUCAUGAUGCUUUGAUUGAAAUCUUGAACGUUUGCAAAGAACCAACUUAUGUUGCAGGUCCAUCCAAUCGAACACCUCUACAUGCAGCCGUAAUUCAAGAACACACAG